GCCGUCGGGUGAGGUUCAUCCAGUGCGCUCCCGUUCAACACGAUUCCAGGUUCAAGCGCUGUGCAAUAAUUCAAUUCGAAGUCUUUUUGGACUCCCUCAAGUCAUUUUUCAUGACUACAAAUGCAAUUGUGAAAGAUUUAAAAAGAAGUAAGAUAAGGAACUGUGAAAAUAAUUUUGAAGCUGAAGGAUUAUUGACAAUUAGUACAUAGAAAAGUUCAUACAAUCUUUCUUAUGGUCACCUUAGAGCAUAGCAAGUGGUAAUUGAAUAGAUGUGACUGCGCUGAAUUAGUUUUUCACGCUCGGAUCCCAAGCUUACGAUCCAAGUUUUCUUGCUGGCCGAACAAAAAGCUAAACUCUUUUCGGAAAUCUAAAAAAAAGUUCACAAGUUUGUCUGCUGCGCCAACUUUUCGGAUGGACCUUCUGAAUCGCAAUGAAACAUAAUUCCUGCGGCUUCAGAAGACACGAAGUUCAGAACAAAAUCUGAAAAUUAAUAACUCCUCCUGAAGCUUUGAUUCUAAUAAAAGACAUACAAGUUACAUUACGUGUAAAAUUUUGAAAUAUAUGAGGUCUUCUUGAACUGAAUAAGAACGAAUGGGUCUCUCACGAGUUCCAUCAACUUAAAAGAAUUGACAUCAAUUAAAAACUAUUAAUUACCAAUGAGAUAAUUUUUUCGUCAGCAAUUUCGUGACAUUCAGCAAACUAGCGCCAGGCGAUCGACUUACACAAUCAAUAAUUAGCAGCUGUCGUGACGCCUGCAGCUGAUAUAUUCUGAGGCUGGAGCAUGAGUUUUUGAGCACAUAAAAUGAUAGUACAAUCAUAUAUUGCGAAUAAUAUUGAUUAAAGAGAGUAAAAUAUUAGAAGGAAAGACAGUUUUUUAAAAAGAGCUUAGCGUUGAGAACUUAAAAGCUCUUAACUAGCACACAGCAAUUUUUGGUAUGAAUGAAAGAAAUAAAUUUCGAUUGAAGGUGAAAUAUUAUAGUGUCUUUACUUACGUGAAUAAGAGUUUUAUCUCAUCUUUCAAUCCUUAGCAGAUUCAAAGAAAAUUAAAAGAAAAUAUGCAAAUGAUGAACACUGCACUAAUUGAUUUCAACGGUUAGAAAAUUUUCGCAAAAUUAGUCGUUUUGUGAACAAUUCGUGAAAAUUUAAAUGAUAAAAACUCAUUCAAGCUAUUGGCUGAAUAAGAAUUUCAGUCUUCACAUCAAAAAAAUUAUGAUAUUAUUUCGAGUAAAUUGGCGAAUAACAAAAUACGUAAAAUAGCUGAACCACCUGAAUAGAUAAAUUCAUUUGACCUGCAGAUGAAAUAAAAAGUAAAAAUAUUAAAAUUUUCGGACGUUUGCUGGUAAUAAAAUUGGCUAUCUGAAAUAAACGUAAAGUGACAACUUCUAAAAUACUAAGAAGAUCGUGAACUGGUGACAGAGGGGUGACUUCAUCACUUGGCUUUAUUAAGUAAACUAUAUGCCCCAUAAAGGCAUCUUCGUGACUCCAUCCAAAAGGAAGAUCAAGGCAAUAAACUAUACUUUAUCGCCCGUAAAAAUGUCGUCGCCUAAGAUAAUCCGAAGAGCUUCUCAGGUGAUGCUGUUGCUGCUCUUCCUCAAUUCUGAAAUUAUGCCAGCAUCCUGCGAUCAUGCCAUCCCAGCCAGCUCCGGCGGAUACUACCCUCACUAUCCUGAGUCCUACAAUUACCAACAACAUUACCAAAAAAGCUCCAGGAGUCAACAUUAUUCCGCUGAGUCAGCGUCGGACCGCGACAACAGCUUCACGCCACGACAACACGACAAUCGGGAGCGGCAGUACGAAGUGGCGGGCAAGGAGAUGUCUCACAUGGGACACGAGGUGACGAACGGAGCAGAAGUUUGGGAGAGGCGUUCAGCGGGGCCAAGCUUCGAUAUGAGCCCACCACGCAACGUCACGGCUCUUAAAGAUGCCAACGCAUACCUCCACUGCAUCGUCUAUAACCUGGCCAAUAAGACGCUGUCGUGGAUACGAGAAAAAGACCUUCAUAUCCUGACAGUGGGCAAGGUGACCUACACUGCCGACAACAGGUUUGAAGUUAUACACAAAGAUCACUCGAACUCCUGGACACUGAAAAUCAAUUCCGUCCAGCCACGAGACUCCGGUCGAUAUGAGUGUCAAGUCAACAGCCACGCUACCGACCCAAUCACUUUUGAAGUCGAUCUCGCGGUCUUCGUACCAACGGCGCACAUCGUGGGGUCCACGGAGCGUUUCGUGGACCGAGGUUCAACCAUCAACCUGACUUGCAUUAUCAACCACAACCCUGAUCCUGCCAGCUCAACGUUCUGGUACCACAACAACAGGAUCAUAAACUACGACAGCCCAGGAUCACGAGUUAGCGUCAUCACGGAUCGUGGCACGUCCACGAAAACGAUUCUUUUGAUCCACGAUGCGUCGAACACGGCGAGCGGGACGUAUUCGUGCGCGCCGUCUCCCUCAGCAGCAGCGUCGGUCAAGAUUCAUAUACUGAACGCAGGUGAGACGCCAGCCGCUAUGCAAACCAACAACGCAAAUUCGCACACACGCCGAGAAACGAAGGACUUCUUUCUGCUCCACGCACUUUCAUUUUGUACAACAUUGGCAGCAUUUUUCCUGGUCCUACCUCGUCACGUGGGACUUGAAAAUGAAUUCCCAGGCCUUUCAAGCAACGAUACUGGAAAGCAAUACUUAAAAUGCCCUGGAACUCUCUUAAAAACAGCACACUCGCAUUUCCAGGAAUUUUUUAACAGUGCAGAUAACUCACGUACUUUUGGCACCGACAGAAAACAUUCUAGUAACGACUGUGCUGAUGUAUCACCUCCGUAGACAGAAACUUUCCGAACAAUUGAGGGAUCUCAGAGGACUAUUUAGCAUUAGUAAUAUUAAUGUGAUGUUGUACAUUGAACAAGUUAGGUUUUAAACAAAGUUUAGUGAAUCAAUUCUUUUUAUGAGGCUUAUUAAUGGAAAAUACUCUACAGAAAACAUUUAUUGCUCGCCUUAAAUUAGUCCGAUAAUGUGUUAGUUAGGCGCAAUUCGACACUCGCUAAUUUAUAAAAAAAUAAUAUCAAUAGAAAAUAUUGUAGACCCCCAAUGACUGUUCAUUGAUUAAAAUUUUUAAAGGAAACUGUCAAUUAGUUCUGAUGUAUCAAAGAAAAAUGCGGUAAGGAAUUCUUAGAAAUAAAAUUUUGUGUAUAUUUACAAUGUAAAUAGUAAAAUGUAUGUACCAUUAGAUGUAUGAAUAAUGUUAUUCUUGCAUAGCAUACAACAAAAGUAAAAACGUUCGAUAAUCUAUGUCUAGCUAUUCUCUUGCAUUUAUCGACUACGUAAACAAAUAGACUAGGUCUAUGAUACAAUUUAGAAAUAUCAAAAAUUUUAUUUCCCCUAAUUUUAGAAAAAUACUGACGUAUGCAUAAUUCCCUAAUUAACUUCAUAUUAUAAUUAUAUGUUGAAUGUUUUAAUGUUUGUCCAUUAACCAUGUUUGGAAACAACUUGUUUGGGCCAAUUUUUGGGUUGGAUAUACUGAUAAUGAUUAAAAAUGAGUGUAAAUAUUACUUACUUCCUCAGGGUGUUUUUUUUAAUUCAAGGAUGUGAAUAGCUAUUUAGGGUUCAGAUUAUUUGCUUAAUUCAAGUUUUCUAAAAUUAAAAAAUAUUCAACUUUUGUUGGUUCGGGGCCUUAACUUGAGAUGCAAACCAAUUCCAGGCAGACCCAAUUAGGAUUUUCAAACAAGAAAAUCAUUCGAAAUCCAAUUUCACAAAAUUAUUGUCCUUUAAUUGCGAUUUAAAUAUA